CGGCGCGGCGGGGGCGGGCGGCACGGCGGGAGCAGUUCCCGGGCCCGCCCGGGAUGGCGGCGCUGCGCGAGGAGACCGUGAACGGCUGGGUCCUGCAAUUCUACUUCCACCGCGCCAUGGAGGCCUAUCGCUCCGGGCGCCACCGCGAAUUCCGCCAGCUCCGCGAUAUCAUGCAGGCGCUGCUCGUGCGACCCCUGGACAAGGAGCCGGCGGUGGCCCAGAUGCUGCGGAUAAUGCAGCUGCUGUCGCGGAUCGAGGAGGGCGAGAACCUCGGGAAACACCGUCAGCCCUCCCCAACCCCCUGGAUGACAAUUCUUGUAGAUUGCACCUUCGACAAGGAGUCAGAGCUGACCCCGCUUGAGUCGGCCCUCGCUGUCCUAGAGCUCGUCCACAAGGAAUUCUCCAUGCCGGAGAAGACGAUGGAGACUGUGCAGAAAAUGGUUAAGGAAGCUGCUGUUAUUGUCUGCAUCAAAAACAAAGAGUUUGAUAAAGCUUCCAAAAUUGUCAAGAGGCACAUGGGGAAGGAUCCCAAGAACCAGAAAAAGAGGAACGAGUGGCUGGCUGUCAUCCGGGAGAAGAAUCUCUCUCAUCCAAAGGUCAAAAACUUCUCCUACAAGGACUUCCAGCAGAGCAUGUUUGAGUUCCUGAAGAUCUAUGUGGACGACUCGGAGCCGCUGCUGCUGACAGUAAUGAAAAAGACUUUGAAUUUGGAACACACCAAUGAACCAAAAUCCUUGUCGGUGACUCCCAGGUCUGCAGAUGGGCCAAAGGACCAGACAGCAACUCCAGAGGCCUCGGGAAGGGCAGAGGGUCCCACUGGAGCCCCAGAGUCUGCAGGAGCAGCAGAAGAGCCAGAGGGAGCUGCCAGCCCUGCAGAAAGGGCAGCACAUCCCUCAGUGGCUCCAGAGGCCAUGGAAGGAGGCAGUGACCCUGCAGCAGCUCCAGAACCUAUGGAAGUAGCCACUGACCCAGCAGCAACUCCUGAUCAUUUAACAGCAGAGCCUGAUGUCCUGAAGGAUACUCCAGAGCCUGUGAAUAUAGCUAAAGAACCAGCGGCAGUAACUGCAGAACUCCCAGGAGUGUCCACCAGGGACGCAGAAAGGCAGCCCCCCGGAGCUGUAACCUCGUGUGGGAUUUCUGUUCUGAGAGAAGCUUUCAAGAUCCUGUCGGACUCCCAGGACUCUGAUGCACUCUUCACCAAACUGGACGAAACAGACUUUACCUUCCCCAAGCAACUGUCUCCUUCUGUAUCCCACAGAACCAAGAGACGGCAAGAAGUGGAGAAUCAAGAUUCUGAGAUCUCAGACCCUCCUGAAAUACCCCAUAAGGGCAAACGCUUGUUCACCAUAAGCAAACUGGUAAUGGAGACAGACAACCAGUCCAGCAAGUCGAGUGAGAGCCCCGACUCUUCCCAGGAGCCCGUGGUCUCUUCUGCCUCCAGACCCAGACCUGUUCAGAAAUUGCAUGACCAGCCAGUGACUACUGAGAGUGCCAAGUCCUUCCAGGGAAGGUGGAACAGCUCCCGUGGUGUGGAAGAAAAGGAUAGUUGGAGUGAGGAGGAUGAGCUCUUCUUAGAUGCAGCAUCAGUUGGGACAAACAACACCACAGUAUUCAGCUCCAAGAAACAGAAAUGGACGAUCCAGGAGAGCGAGUGGAUCAAGCAAGGUGUGAAGAAGUUUGGAGAGGGGAGAUGGAAGGCCAUUUGCCAGAAGUACCCGUUCCAGAACCGCACAGCAGUGAUGAUCAAGGACCGCUGGCGGACCAUGAAGAAACAGGGAAUCCUCUGAAGCUGGGAGCCCUGGGACAUUCCAUGCAAAAACCUCGUUUUGUUUUUUGGAAGCUGGACCAGAGUGCCAGUACAGGGAGGCUGUCUCAGUAUGGGGAACUCCUCUGGCACCCCAAAACCAGGACUGCCAGGAACCCAGGAGCCUUGUUCUCCAGCUGGAGCUGCAAAGAUCAGUCUGCUGCAGGUGGUAGAGGCUGUGCAGCCUCUCUGCAUGUGCCUGGAUGGAGAUUUCCUUGUUCUCCUGAGCACUGCAGCCUCUGUGGGAUGAGUCCCAGCUGGAUUGCUCUGCUCAGGUACUGUCAAUCAGCAGGAUUAUCCCUGUCUGAUCUCUGAAUCACUUUUUCACCCAUUUGCCAUCACUCCCUCGUAGGAGAGAGGCAGCACUGAGUCGCAGAGCUCCUGGGGGGAACAGGCAUUUCUUUCUGCUUUGUAAAUGACUAAUUGUGAGGGGAAAAUCCUCCCUCCCAGCUCUGAGACUUUAGAACAUUAUUUUGUGUUUCAGUACUUAGAAAUGUUGGUCGUUUCCAUGUUAAAAGUUCCACUUCUGGCUGACUUUGGCCAUGUCUUCCUGGCACUUUUCCCAGUAAUGUCCUUCAAUCCCUGUGAGCACGUGAGCUCCGAGGGCGCUGCGUGUUCCUGCCUUCAGCUGCCAAAGCUGGAAUCCAUGUCCAAACAGUUACUUGUAAAAUAAAGUCCCUUUCUUCUGGAUACCAAGAGUUUUAAAAAAUA